AUGAGUGAUUAUAUUACUACCUUUGAGCAUCUAUCGGAUGAUGUCAUUAUGAUAGUGUUUGAAGAGCUCGAUGUCUAUUAUCUUAAUCAAGCAUUUAAAUAUUUAAACCAUCGAUUAAACACGAUACUUUCAGAUAUCCGUCUACGUUUCUAUCAUUUGGAUAUAUCUAUUGUUCCACAAGAACAUCAUAAUCAUUAUUUAACGACGAUACUACCAAAUAUAUGUAAUCAUCUUGUUCGACUGAAAAUAUGCAGAACAGAUUUUCAACUUGAUUUAACCAAUUAUUCAUUUACCCAUCUCAAAUAUCUAAUUCAAGACAUGGAAUAUUCCAUAGAUGAUUUUUAUAAAUUACUCUCCCAUCUAAUUUCGAUUCGUUCUUUAACUAUUGAUUAUAUAUGUCGAGCAAAUGAUGAUAAUGGUCCUUCAUUAAACAAUUUACACUAUAUAAGUUUAUCAAAUCUACAUUAUCUAAAUUUGACAAUAAUAAAUCUAAAAUUUGAAGAUUUAAGUAGGAUACUUAAACAAGCGUCGAAUUUAAGAACACUAAUUAUUCAUGGUAAUAUAUACGAUCAUAAAUAUUUAAAUAGUGACAUUUGGAAAGAAUUCAUCUGUAAUUAUUUAUCACAAUUAAAAAAAUUUGAGUUGACAUUUCAAUGUACUGAUUAUUCACGAAUUCUUGAGUUUAGAAAAAAGUUAAUACAAGAUGUUUAUUGGCUAUCAAAAAAAGAUCAAUUUAAAGUAAAUAUUUAUCCUUUCUUCAUGCUCGAACAUUCCACAUUACGAAUUCAUUAG